UUCGCCAGUGCACAGUCUGAGUGCGUGCAUCGUUUUUCACGGACGGACCGACCCGUGCGCGUUGUGUGCCCUUGUUCUUGUCCUACUUGUCGCUCGCCAGCGCUAUCCAUCACGGCAUCGUUCGAGACGGAAGCAAGUGAAUCUUGCGUCGAGCUUUGCAUCACACCGUGCGUGUUGUUCUGCGGAUCGGCGUGUGUGUGCCUGUGUGCAUAUGCAAAACUGGCCACCCAAUUCGUACGGAGUGGUCCUACUGCUGCUGCUCGGUACGGUGCAUAUGGGCGGAUGCCCGUGAAUGGGGUGAACUUCGCAACACAUUAGCAGCAGCUGUCUUUGUGUGUGAGUGUGUGUGUCCGGCCAUCUCCCGCGCAACAGGAACGGGAACGGGAACGGCUGCCGACAGUUGCAUUCCAUCAAAUAGCGCAUCAUCAUCAUCAUUGUCGUGGUGGUGGCUUUGCGUUGGCGCAUUAUCAUCACCGCCAAGGUAGCAGCCCAGUCGUCCUUGCAGAGUAAGCUCCCCCCCUGUACACCGGGAGCCUAGCAAGCACAUCGGCCAACCUACCGAGGUACAACGGCUCGCAACCUAGCGAACCCCAGGUAGUGCUAAUAAUCCCUCCCAGCUCGGACCGUUUGUUGCAGCUGGCGACAGACAUCGAAACGCGAGUGGUCUACAGGAACGUCCCCUCCUCCGUGUGAAAAUGCAAAACAUCUUCUAGUGUCCAAAGUGCGCCCCAAAGAGGUAGUGCGGCGGCGGCAGUAAGGCAAUCAGUUAGUGGAAAACAUCGAUGACAUAAAUCAUUUUCGCCUGUUUCCGGCGUACGUUGCCGAUCAGUUGUUACUUGGAUUUAGAUUUGCGGGCAAGCGAUUGGGCAAAAAAAUCCCUGCCCUGUGAAUGUGGAGCAAUUUGUGUGCUGUGUGCGUGUGCGAGUGUUUUUCUCCCUUGCUAGCGUGGCGGCCGCUAUCAAGGCGAGAUAUUUAGCAACAGAUAAGGAAGAAGAAGUGCUCCUGCUCCCUGGUUCUGUAACGCUGCUGUGCCACCAUCACCACCACCACCACCACCACCACGGUAGCAAAUUGGCAUUGAGCAUCGGGCAAACAAAGUAGGUCAUCGACCGGACCUGCUAGGCACAGUACGUUCCAUCCCGGAUCGCUGGAAGGGCGCAUGUAAUUAACCCUUCCCGCGGGUCCUCCUAGCAUCUGUCAGCGGGAGUAGCAGUUGAGCCCUUUUCUGGUGCAACAGUUACACACAUCCAACCAGAACGCAGAGGUUUCAAAGGGAACCCAGCGGACAAGGACAUCUCGCUGCCCGCCUCUCAUACAGGACACUCACCACUAGCGAACACGUACACCGAGCGUACAAACAAACACGCCAACACCUUCCCGAUAUCGUUCAGUAUACACACACACACACACACACACACACACACACACACACACACACACACACACACACACACACACACGUCCUUGCAAACGCUUCAAAGCUGGAGGAUGCCGCUAGCCAACUCGAUCGACCCAUGGAGAGAGAAAGUCCCAAUCAGUAUCGUCGGUAUCGAGCCUGUGUGCAUGAAACUAUGAUUCGUCUCGUUUCCUAUUGAAACCAAAUGCAAUUUAACAACUAUGUUCUGCUCGAUGCAAUAGACUCCGCAUCGCAGGACAAUGUAGAGAUGGUCAUCGACGAUAGCUAUGAUGUCCAGCAGCAGCACCACCAGCAACAUCUAACCCAUGACCACCGCCAUGCUCAGCUUCAUCAGGAGCAGCCCGCACAGCAUCAAUACCAUCCCCAUCAACAUCAUCAUCAACAUCAACCCCAUCCUCAACCGCACCAGUACAGCCGGCAGCACCCAGUGGCUCCCGCGGGAAUGGUUACCUAUGCUCCGGCGCAUACAGCCGCUGGCCAGCAAGAGCCGCUGCUAGAUGGAGCUGUUGUAGCUGAUAGUGGCACUUAUCGCUACCAUCGUGGCGAUUCUCCCGAAGCCGGGUUGGUUGUUGGUGCCGAGGAAGCAAUGGAUCUGGAUGUAACCGGAGGUGGAGGUGACCUGUCACAGCUGAGAGGUGACGCCACGUACCCGAACGCAGGGGCGGGAGGGAACGGUGGGGACGAGCAUGAGAUCGACAUUAAGGACAUCAUACGGGAGGGGCACGAAAAGGCCGAUCCGUCACAGUUCGAGCUGCUGAAGGUGCUCGGCGAAGGCUCGUUCGGCAAGGUGUUUCUGGUGCGGAAGAUUGUCGGCAUCGAUGCGGGGACGCUGUAUGCGAUGAAAGUACUAAAGAAGGCAACGCUGAAGGUGAAGGAUCGUGUGAGAAGUACGAACGAGCGGAACAUCCUGGCUGACGUGGGCCACGCAUUUAUCGUUAAGCUGCACUAUGCCUUCCAGACGCCUGGCAAGCUGUACCUUAUACUGGACUUCUUGCGUGGCGGUGACCUGUUUACGCGCUUGAGCAAGGAGGUAAUGUUUACCGAGGAAGACGUCAAGUUUUACCUGGCCGAGCUGGCCCUGGCGCUGAACCACCUGCACAGCAUCGGCAUCAUCUAUCGCGAUCUAAAACCGGAAAACAUUCUUCUGGAUCAGGACGGCCAUAUAGCUUUAACGGAUUUUGGGCUCUCAAAGCAACCGCUGGAUGGAUCGAAAACGUACAGCUUCUGUGGCACGGUGGAAUACAUGGCGCCGGAAGUUGUCAACCGGAAGGGACACACUUUUGCAGCGGACUGGUGGUCCUUCGGCGUGCUAAUGUUUGAAAUGCUGACGGGCAAUCUACCAUUCCACGGUAGCAAUCGAAAUGACACAAUGAACCAGAUCCUCAAAACAAAGCUCGGCAUGCCGGAAAACUUAAGCCCCGAGGCGCAAAGUUUGCUGCGCGCCCUGUUCAAACGCAAUCCCCAGAAUCGACUCGGGGCGGGUCCGAACGGCAUUGAGGACAUCAAGCGGCACGAAUUUUUCGCCAACGUCGAUUGGGAUGCGUUCGAACGCAAGGAGGUUCGGCCACCGUUCAUUCCUGCCGUUUCGAGGGACGAUGCGUUCUACUUUGACUCGGAAUACACGAACAAAUCACCAAAAGACUCGCCCGGAGGCCCCGUCAGUGCGAGUGCUCAUGAGAUCUUCCGUGGCUUUAGCUUUAUCGCACCGGGCCUGCUGGACGAGCAGCCAAACUUUGCCAACGGAAGCAACAUGGUGAUGCAACAGCAACCCGCUUCUCGGUCACCGUUCUCGAACGAAAUACCGGGCGUGAAGCCUGUCGCGUUCGGUGACGAGUACAACUUGAUGGAGGAACUGGGCCGCGGAACGUUCUCAAUCUGCCGGAUGUGUGAACAUCGCACAACGAAGAAGCAUUACGCGGUUAAGAUAAUUGACAAAUCUUAUCACGAUUGUCGCGAGGAGGUCGAGAUUUUGCUUCGGUACGGCAAUCAUCCCAACAUUGUGACGCUGUACGGUGUGCACGAGGACGCGAGCUACGUGUACCUGGUGAUGGAGCUGCUGAAGGGUGGCGAACUGUUGGACCGCAUUCUGGCGAUUCAUUUUAUGGCCGAGCAGGAGGCCAGUGCCGUGUUGCGGACGGUCGUAUCGGCGGUCGCCUACCUGCACGAGCACGGUGUUGUGCACCGGGAUCUAAAGCCAUCGAAUUUGCUGUACGCCUCGGUCAACCAUACGCCCGAAUCGUUGAAGCUGUGCGAUCUCGGCUUUGCCAAGCAACUCCGAGCCGACAACGGACUGCUGAUGACGCCGUGCUACACGGCCAACUUUGUCGCACCGGAAGUGCUGAAGAAACAGGGCUACGAUCUGGCGUGCGAUAUCUGGUCGCUGGGCGUGCUGCUCUACAUUAUGCUCGAUGGAAAGACACCGUUUGCUAGCACUCCGAACGACUCGCCAGAUAUGAUUCUAGCGCGAAUUGGUUCCGGCAAAGUCGAUUUAGAAACGGGCAAAUGGCCCACGAUAUCGGAUGAAGUGAAGGAUCUGCUGCGGCAGAUGCUACACAUCGUACCUUCGAGGCGUCCGACCGCCGCUCAAAUCCUGCGACAUCCGUGGCUAUCGCGAAGCGGUCCGCGACUUAUGUACAACACGGUAGGGACCCAACAUGCUACCAGCGAACGGCCGAUGGUCGUGGAACCGCAGGACACAAAGCCGGCGUGCGUAAAUACCGAAGCCAUCAAGGGGGCGGUCCAUGCAACAUUCCGUGCGAUAUCCUCGCCCCAGGCAGCCAAUCUGGGACCGGUCGGAAUGUCUGAUCUGGCGCGAAGACGAAUGGAUAAAAUGAAUCAUUCCUAAUAAGGGUUUUUCGAGGUACGCCGUGUGUUCGCAAAACGGCGGACUGUGCAACACCGCCAUUGCCGAUGAGCGAGUGGAUGGUGUUUGAUUGUAGAGAGUUUGUCACUUAUUGGAUAUGUUAUCGCGCUAUUCCUAUUUAGUUUUUAACCUGUUACGUUUUGUUUUGUUUCAAACGAUAAGAUUUUGAUAAUUUUAUUUGUCAACCAGUGCCAGAGUGACAUGUGUGCCAGAGAACAACAGUGCUAGCAAUUAAGGCCAGGUUGCAUGGUGGCAGCAUUACAGUACGACACGGUUAUAGCAGACGAUAGAUGAGUGUAACUUAUACAAGUAUGUGUGGAAAAUGGUUGGUUCGAUUCGUUUCAAUGCUAAAUCACUGCGACAGAAAUAGCUGGUAUAGCAAAGGGAUUGAACCGGUACACUUUUAUAAAGUGCGGUUGUACUAUGCGGUUGUACGAGCUGUCGUGUUUGUUUAUCGUUCUUUUUCUGUUUUGUGUUUUUAAACAAUAUCUUUUGUGCUUUUAACUACUUUUAACAUAUUUUUAACAACUAUUUCACCAUGCGAUUGGUUGCGUAGUAUUAUAAAGAAACUGUCUUGAAUGUUAAGUAUCUCGUUUAAAACGCGUUAGGUUUAAUUGUACAAGCAUUUAGUAUAAAUGAUGAAUUGAAGUGAAAAGCCUAUUUAACGUGUUUAUUGCAAACUGCACAUAAUAGUGAAUGGUGUGUUGUAGUGUGGAUUGAUUUCAAAGUCAUAGGCGUAUAGUUCAAGGCGCGUAUAGUUCAAUUAUGGUAUCGUUUACACUUCAAACCAUUGAAAUGGGCAAGGUAAACGUGUGGGCAGGGUAUAACUAACUAACAAUAAAUUGAUCUACGUUAGGUACACUAGAAAAAAAAACCAACAAACAAAACAAAUCGAAUAAUAAUAUACACGUACGCAUAUGCAUAUAUACAUACUUUAAAAACAUAUACAAUCAUAUACAUAUACAGAAUAUAGUAUCGCCAAACUGCAGACGAGAGACGGGUUCGCCUUCGCCAGCCACAACCGCCAGCUAAUCCGGCGACGGAAGGGAGGGGAAACAAAACCAUAUUUACAUUGUAUCAUGCCAUUGAAUGGGUGGACAGAAUGUGCGCAGGGGAGUUUAUGGAAUUUAAUUGACGCGAAGCGAGAAGCUGCGGGUGUAAGGAAGUAAUCAUUGUGAUAACCUACGACAAAAACGAGAAAAACAAAACCUAUAUUGGCAGGACAGGCGAGCCUUGUAAUAGUGUAUUCUGGUCUACAUAUAUAUAUAUAUACAUACAUACAUAUAUAUAUUGAAGCAGCGAACAAAGGAGUCGCCCGCUGGUAGCGGCUCAACUAAAUGGUGUUGUUGUUCGUGGGAUGGCCACUGCUAGGCGUACAUCUCCAUUUGUCACACAAGGGACAGUGCUUUGUCUAUGUACCGUUGCUACCUGAUGUCGCUGUUUGUCGAUGUGUGCGUUGUGCUGCAAUUGUUGCUUCCAGUGUUUCAAACUGUUUCAUUUCUUAACGUAUUUCAACGUACAAUAACGAAUAGGCUAGGACCGAGGGAGGAGGGUCUCUUAAGUAGUAGAGUAUGUGAACAAAACGGGACGACAUCAAGCGUUUGGCUUUAUCAAUAAUUCAUCACUUUUGCAUUUUACGAUGGAUGUCGGUGAUUGGGUUUUUAUGCAUUUGCGGGAGCAAUUUACUUUCCCGUUCGUGGCCAAACCAACAUAACACACAAACAAAAAGAAAAAAAACAUAUUUGUACACGGACGCAAACGUUCUGUGGAGUACGCACUAACCUUAUCAUUUUACUAGAAGACUUAGAGCAUUCAACAAUUAUUAAAACGGAACCCUAACAACUUACUAACACUCACACACACACACACCGCUGGCAGGGCUACGGAAACACUACCUUGAAACCAUCCUAUACUAUCUCUCUUGAAGACAAAUUACAAAAAAGAAUACGUUUGUAAGGCUCCAAAGGAGUAAAGUGUUAAUUGUAUUCAUUAUUCUGAAUGGUGACCGUGCAAAGAGGUUUCUCUAAACAAAGAGUGCAAAGAGACUAACCGAAAUCUAAACAUUAAUUGGGAGUACGUCCCAAACCAAACCACAAACGAAAAGUAAAACAAAGAAAACACUACACUCUCUCUUUCUCAAAUUAAACGCAAAAAAAAGAACGAUGGCAAAACAAAGUAAAUAAAUUACUACAAAUGUUUAAUUAACUCGUA